AUCGUCUCUUCCGCUGAGAGCCGUAAGCCGACACAGUUGUCCCUUCUUACUUCCUCAACCUGAAGCGGGCUUCGUCACUCAACACUUACACAUUAACAUCAUUCUCCUCUUUCUUCGAUUUCGUUUAUAAUCUUUGACAUCCUCUCCUACAAAUUCGGUUACCCCGUCUCAUCGACCUGACGACCCUUCUCCUCUCCUCUAUAUAAUACCGUUACUCUACAGUCCUUCUUCGUCUCUACUACUUUCCUUUCGUUUCUCUAAAUUUAAAACUUGAUGCGCGAAAAUUUAACCCCAUCUAAAGUACUAAAGUACUUUGCAAUCUUAUAUGUCGUUGGCUCUCUGUUUUAUGCAACGGGUCAUCUUCUGGGUCUCGGAAAAUCAUCUGCAACCAAUCACGCAUCUAUAGCCCCUCGGUCUGCUGCCGACGAAAAAACAUUAAGUGUAUCCGAGUUACAAGAUCGGUACCAUGGAAGCCAGCAAGUGACCUGGGGAACUUCACAAGAAGCCACUGGUGAAGAUCUGGCGCUCAGUAAGGUCUUUUCUGAUGCCAUGGGACCUUCCAAAGUGAUUCCGUAUUAUUUCAAGGCCGAAGAAUCUGCUGACAUGGAAGAAGUAACCAUUGCAACGCUCGUAACAUACAACCGCUUCAAGGUCUUGAGCCGACUCGCCACACGCUACAAAGGGCCUAUCUCUGUUGCUCUUCACGUCAACGACGAUUCCUCAAAGCAAGUACUUUUGACAGAUCUGCACAAGCUCUUUGACGAAAAUCCAGAUAUGCGCCGAUACGUCGAUUUGCAUCUUGUGGUGGACAAGUUUGAUCGUCAAUUCAACAUGUGGCGUAACGUAGCCAAGUUCUUUGCACGCACCGAUUACAUCAUGAUGUUGGACGUCGAUUUCUAUUUGUGCACUGAUUUCCGCACCUCGCUCAAGGCAAACCCACAGUUAAUGGAUAUUUUGCGAAGUGGCACUGGUGCCAUUGUGGUUCCUGCUUUCGAGUAUAUCCGUGAUGAGGAUGGCGAGGACUGGCGCGAUUUCCCAAAGAACAAGGAGCAGCUUAUGAUCGACGUGCAGUCCGAUAAAUUAGAUAUGUUCCAUAGAGAUUGGAAGCGAGGCCAUGGAUCGACAAACUAUACCCGCUGGUACGGUUCGACAGAGCCAUACAUGGUUGUGGACUACAACUAUUCGUACGAGCCCUAUGUCAUUUUCAAGAAGGAAGGAUCGCCCUGGUGUGAGGAACGAUUUAUUGGAUAUGGUGCGAACAAAGCUGCUUGUCUUUACGAAAUCUAUCUGUCAGGCAUCGACUAUUGGGUUCUUCCCGACGACUUUUUGAUCCAUCAAACUCACCAUUACCCGAUUGAAGCACGUGCCAAAGAGCGGACAUACAACAAGAAACUUUACAGCUACUUCCGAGAAGAAGUAUGUCUUCGGUAUUCACGUACUAUGAUCGCUGCAGGCUUGUGGGACACGUCGCGGGCAGAUAAUGUCAAACGAGAAUGUGCAAAGAUCAAAGGAUUUAAUGAUAUCAUUGGCAGAAUGCAUGGAUAAGAGGGAAAAACAUCCUUCUGUGUAUAUUUAUUGUUUGACCCUUUUGGCAAUUACUCUCACCCCUUUCACCCCCCAAAAAAUAACCUCUUGUCUCGAUAGAUCGACCUUCCCUUAUCCAACCCAUGUAUUCGACUCCACUUUUUUUUCCCUUCCUUUGCACGCAAACACGCACUAUCUCUUCUUUCUUUCCGCAUAAAAAACACAUUUUCUUCUCUUACUUGUUACAACAACUAGUAUUUACUAAAUCCAUAGUCAUUGAAUAAAAAGAAAAAAAAAGGAACGAUCAGGCCAUUGUCAUUGUGCUGAAUUCAAC